AUGGCCGACGAUAGAAUAUCCCAACUACCAAUACCCAUACGUCACCACAUUCUCUGUUUCCUCUCUCAGAAAGAAGCUGUGAGAACUUGUCUACUCUCCAAACAAUGGCGCCACCUCGGAUCAACCCGCCCCAACCUCGAAUUCUCCGAAGAAUGGUUCGACGAAACACAAGAAGAGGUUGUCUCCGUGAACUCCUCCAUAGGAUCUACAAGCCCCAGCCUCAACUCUUCCGAAGAAUUGAUCAACAGUACACAAGAAAAGUUUGUCCCCGUCGACGUCGUUGACCGAACUCUACAACAUCGCCGAUCAACUCUCCCCAACCUCGACUCUUCUGAAAAAUUGUUCAACGCUACACAACAAAACUUUGUCUCCGUCGACUGCUCCAUAGGAUCAACUCGCCGAAGCCUCGAGUCUUCCGAAAAUUUGUGCAACAGUACUACACAACAAAACUUUGUCUCGGUAGUCAAUCGAACCCUACAAGGAUACCUUGAUCAGAACCUCUCCAUACACAAACUCCAUUUCAACAUAUCGAGGCCCGACUCACGACCGGUCGUCUCCCUUCUCGACAAAUGGAUCCCGAUAAUAGCCCUCGACAUAAAAGCAUUCAAACUCAACUUUCUUUCAUAUACUCCGCAGUAUUACGACUUGCCCUCGACAGUCUUUGAGUCCCUCGAAGAACUACACCUGCGCAAAUGCAGGCUGAGCCCAGCCGAGAGCGUGCGGUUUAAAAAUUUGCGCACGCUCACCCUAGAACAGGUCCAAGUUGAUGGCGACACUCUCGAUACGAAUAUGUUGGGCUGCCCUUUGCUCAGGCGCCUUGUCCUUUAUUGUUGUUGGGAGUUAAGAAACGUUAGGGUGAGCGAGGCGGCUUCGCCUGGGCUCAACCACUUUCAAUUGUGUGAUCAUGAGAGGAUCGAAGGGGGUAGCAUUGAAAUUGAUGUCCCGAAUCUCAAGAGAGUCUUUAUCGCGGGCCCAUGGAUUUGGUCUCACCGCCAAAGCACAUUCUUGUUCUCUCGUCUCACAAGUUUGAGUCUCUUUAAUGUGAUCUUGUCGAGUGAGUCGUUCGACCUGUUCUCGUCCGGCUGCCCGACUCUUGCGAGCUUGACACUAUAUAAUUGCUUCGGUUUCGAGGAAUUCCAUCUUGCAAGUGAUUCGGUCAAGCUCUUGACCAUCUUCACAAGAAUAAUACCACUUAAAGGAGUUACGAUUUGGGCACCGAACAUUCUCGAUUUUACUUUCACUGCCCGUAUUCACCAGGUGCCGGACACAUUCUCUUUCACGACCACUACUUCAAAGGAGUGGGACUCAGGAAUAUUUCUCUCCUCGUAUGAGGAAGAUCCUGAUUUGGACGUCAAUUUGUGGUUCCUUGAGGUGAGACGAUUGCUCAAGGCACUAAGUGGGUCUCGGAUUUCUCUGUAUUUGCAGAUGGACGGCGGCCCUCAGGACGUGCCCUGUAAUGCUGUCCUCGGUGACGAACCGCCUAUGGUGGUGCAGUACUUGAAAUUUACUACUUGUAAAUGUCUUACGGCAUCUUGGUACUUGGAGUUUACAAAUGGCUUGUUUUGUGUUUGUCGACCGAGUUGCGUAUGGGGUGGUAGGCUUGUGAGCGGGUCAGACAGGAACUACAGGCUCUCGGAGUUUCAGUUAAACAUGUUGCUUGCAUACAAGAACAUCAGGACCGAGCCCUACUUUUGGCGGCACGAUUUGGAGCAAGUUCACGUGGAUGGGCAGCUCGUGCAGUGGACAGGCGAGUCGGAAUUGCGAAACAGGACGUAUGACGGGAAAAUAUGGCUUUACUUGAACUGGAGAGGUCAGACAACGCAUAAGUACUAG